UACGUCUGUUGAAUUCACACAUUAAAAAAAAAAACAAAAAACAAAAACAGAAUAUAUGCCUUUCUGCACUAACUAACUUGACGAGAUUCCUAGUUUGGCUGUUCUUUGGAAAUUCAAUCCUUGAUUUGAUACUCAAUUACAUGGGGUUUCAUUUCUACCAACUUCCUGUAAUUCUAUCCCUCUGGGUAAAAAUAUUAGUGGUCAAACUGCUGGGGAAAGUAUAGGCGCUGUGAUUCACAUGGUUAAAUGUUCAUUUAGUAGAGCAGAAGUGAAAAAAACACUGUUUCAACUUGAAAUGCUAGAAGAUUGUUGUUCUUGUGUUACUCAUUCAUGCAAAUUGGAGAAGGUAUAAUUGAAACAAGGUUGGCAGUGUUUGAGGCAGUGCGCUGCAGCUGAGCUCAGCUGAAAGGUCGCUGGAAAUCAAGUGCUUUGUAAGUGAAGGCAUUUUGACUACAAGCAAUUCAAAAUAUGUGGAAACGUCAGUCCCAGGAAUGGGUCGUCUUUUUCUUUCUAUGAUAUCUGGUAUCUAAGGUUUUACUUAGGAGAAAAACUGCUACUUCAGAGCUCUUUCAGGCACCACAAAUGAUUUUUUUCCUCUGAUGCAGCCCAGCUGCCGCUAGCCUGUCUACCAACAGAGAUCUUUGUUAUGACUUUCAGCCCUUAACAUGUUUGGAAAUGAGAACAAAUGGCACAAAGCUUACGAUUGCACUUUGCAGCCCGAAGAAGCAAUACUUACCCUUUGUCAGAAAGCUCCGGAGAUGACUUGGAGAGCAGUGUUCACAUGUGCUUCAAGAGACCAAGCCGGAUUUCAACGUCUAACGUUGUGCAAAUGAAGCUGACUCCUAGACCGACGGCACGAGCUCCGUUGAUGCAGGGAAGCAUUAAGACUCAGGAAAGACCAUCUGUGCCUUCACCUGAAAAUGUUAAUAAAAAGAGCAGCUGUCUGCAGAUUUCACUACAGCCAACAAGGUACAGUGGAUGUCUCCAGCCUAGUAGUGUCUUAGCUGAUGGGGAGGAUGCUUCGUGGACGUGUGUCUUGAGGGACGGCAUGGAGCACAGUGCUGUGGCUGAGAACGAACUGAACCCUGUGAGUGAUGGUGACCUUGUGAGCAGUCCUGCCCUUCGCAGCCGUAGCCUUAGCAACUUUUCCACCAGUGAGAAUGGGUCUUCCAGCAGCAACGGUAGUGAUUACGGGUCCUGCACCAGUAUCACGAGCAGUGGUUCCUACACAAACAGUACCAUCAGCGACAGCAGUGGUUCUCCUUUUCCACCAACGGAUGAUCCUUUUUUGGGUGGAAAUGUCCCUUCCGACGGCACCUCCAAUAGAAGUGUGCCAAACAGGAACACGACUCCAUGUGAAAUUUUCUCAAGAAGCCCAAGUACUGUUCCUUUUGUCCAGGAUGACUCGGAGCGUGGACUAGAAAUUAUGAAAUUGCCAGUGAGCAGGAACUCAAAAAUUCCACUAAAACGUUGUUCAUCUUUAGUCAUUUUUCCUCGGAGUCCCUCAAAUACCCCACCAACUUCUCCCACAAGUACAGAGAUUCUUCCAAGCAAAGGAUCCUAUCAGACCUCACACCAGUUUAUUAUUUCUCCUAGUGAAAUUGCCCACAGCGAGGAUGGGACUAGUGCUAAAGGAUUUCUUUCCACAGCUGUCAAUGGGCUUCGGUUAUCGAAAACAAUGUGUACUCCCGGGGAAGGAAGAGACAUACGAGCACUUCACAGGAAGGGCUCAUUACAAAAGAGAAUUGCUGUUGCACGUAAUAGUCCUAAUCAACCUGCCUGUGAAAAGUCACCUGAAGGAUAUUCCUGUGUCUCUGUGCACUUCACCCAACAAAAAGCAACGACAUUAGAUUGUGAAACAGCAAAUGGUGAUUGUAAACCAGAGAUGUCAGAAAUGAAGCUUCCUUCUGAUUCAGAGUGCAUUAAGCUUAUGCACAGGACAUCUGCACAUUUACCAUCCUCUCAAAACAUAGAUUACCAAAUAAAUAUCAAUGGACAGUUGGAAAGACCAAAUUUACAGAUAAACAAAAACCAUGCUGUUUUACAAAGAAGUAUUUCAUUGGGAGGAACUUACCCAAAUGUUUCCUGUUUAUCCAGCCUUAAACACAAUUGUUCCAAGGGGGGACCAUCACAGUUACUCAUAAAGUUUGCAUCUGGAAAUGAAGAUAAAGUUGAUAAUUUAUCAAGAGACAGUAACAGAGAUUUCACAAAUGAACUAUCUAAUUCUUUAAAACAUUCUUAUGAGACAAGAGAUGAUUUCCUGGGUCAAGUCGAUGUUCCUCUUUAUCCAUUACCGACAGAAAAUCCAAGAAUGGAGAGACCGUAUACAUUUAAGGAUUUUGUUCUUCACCCGAGAAGUCACAAAUCAAGAGUUAAAGGUUAUCUGAGAUUAAAAAUGACUUAUUUACCUAAAACCAGUGGCUCAGAAGAAGAUAACACAGAACAGGCUGAGGAAUUAGAGCCUGGCUGGGUUGUUUUGGACCAACCAGAUGCUGCUUGCCAUUUGCAGCAGCAACAAGAACCUUCUCCUCUACCUCCAGGAUGGGAAGAGAGGCAGGAUAUUCUUGGAAGGACCUACUAUGUAAACCAUGAAUCUAGAAGAACACAGUGGAAAAGACCAACCCCUCAGGAUAACCUAACGGAUGCUGAGAACGGGAACAUGCAACUGCAAGCCCAGCGUGCGUUUACCACCAGGCGGCAGAUAUCUGAGGAGACGGAGAGUGUGGAUAAUCGAGAGUCUUCCGAGAACUGGGAAAUUAUAAGAGAAGAUGAAGCCACAAUGUAUAGCAAUCAGGCCUUCCCUUCACCUCCAGCAUCAAAUAACUUGGAUGUUCAGACUCCUCUUGCAGAAGAAUUGAAUGCCAGACUCACAAUCUGUAGAAAUUCAGCCACCGGCCAGCCAGUAUCCAGCUCAAAUCAUUCCAGCAGAAGAGGCAGCUUACAAGCCUAUACUUUUGAGGAACAGCCUACACUUCCUGUGCUUUUGCCUACUUCAUCUGGAUUACCACCAGGUUGGGAAGAAAAACAAGAUGAAAGAGGAAGAUCAUAUUAUGUGGAUCACAAUUCCAGAACGACCACCUGGACAAAGCCCAUGGUCCAGGCCACAGCGGAGAGCAGUCAGCUGCCGUCAGGCCAGAGCUCGGCGUGCCCUCGACCCCAGGUCCCCCCCGGCGACUCAGCGCAGCAGAUGACCCAGCCGUCUGAAAUGGAGCAAGGAUUCCUUCCUAAAGGCUGGGAAGUCCGGCAUGCGCCCAAUGGGAGGCCUUUCUUCAUUGACCACAACACCAAAACCACCACCUGGGAAGAUCCGAGACUGAAAAUUCCGCCUCAUCUGAGAGGAAAGACAUCACUUGAUUCUUCCAAUGAUCUGGGUCCUUUACCUCCAGGAUGGGAAGAAAGAACUCAUACAGAUGGAAGAAUCUUCUACAUAAAUCACAAUAUAAAAAGAACACAAUGGGAAGAUCCUCGGUUGCAGAAUGUAGCAAUAACUGGACCAGCAGUGCCCUACUCCAGGGAUUACAAAAGAAAGUAUGAGUUCUUCCGACGAAAGUUGAAGAAGCAGAAUGACAUUCCAAACAAAUUUGAGAUGAAACUUCGCCGUGCAACUGUCCUUGAGGACUCUUACAGGAGAAUUAUGGGUGUCAAGAGAGCAGAUUUCCUCAAGGCUCGACUGUGGAUCGAGUUUGAUGGUGAAAAGGGAUUGGAUUACGGAGGAGUUGCCAGAGAAUGGUUCUUCCUGAUCUCAAAGGAAAUGUUUAACCCUUAUUAUGGGUUGUUUGAAUAUUCUGCUACGGAUAAUUAUACCCUACAGAUAAAUCCAAACUCCGGAUUGUGUAAUGAGGAUCACCUCUCCUACUUCAAGUUUAUUGGCCGAGUAGCUGGAAUGGCAGUUUAUCACGGCAAACUGUUGGAUGGUUUUUUCAUCCGCCCAUUUUACAAGAUGAUGCUACACAAACCAAUAACACUUCAUGAUAUGGAAUCAGUGGAUAGUGAGUAUUACAAUUCUCUGAGAUGGAUUCUUGAAAAUGAUCCAACAGAAUUGGACCUCAGGUUUGUCAUAGAUGAAGAGCUUUUUGGACAGACACAUCAACAUGAGUUGAAAAUUGGUGGAUCAGAAAUAGUUGUCACCAAUAAGAACAAAAAGGAAUAUAUUUAUCUUGUAAUUCAGUGGCGAUUUGUAAACCGAAUCCAGAAGCAAAUGGCUGCUUUUAAAGAGGGAUUUUUUGAACUAAUACCACAGGAUCUCAUCAAAAUUUUCGAUGAAAAUGAACUAGAGCUUCUUAUGUGUGGAUUGGGAGAUGUCGAUGUGAAUGACUGGAGAGAACACACGAAGUAUAAGAACGGCUAUAGUGUGAAUCACCAAGUCAUACAGUGGUUUUGGAAGGCCGUUCUAAUGAUGGAUUCAGAAAAAAGAAUAAGAUUACUUCAGUUUGUCACUGGUACCUCUCGAGUGCCCAUGAAUGGAUUUGCUGAACUAUAUGGCUCAAAUGGACCACAGUCAUUUACAGUUGAACAGUGGGGUACCCCGGAAAAGCUGCCAAGAGCCCACACAUGCUUUAACCGCUUGGACUUGCCGCCCUAUGAAUCAUUUGAAGAAUUAUGGGAUAAACUUCAGAUGGCAAUUGAGAACACUCAGGGCUUUGAUGGCGUCGAUUAGAUUCCAAAUAACAAUCUAGAGUGUUUCACUGCCACUUUUGGAUAAGCAAAAUCUUGACUUAAAAUUUUCCAGGGCACUACUAAAACUUGGCCUUUGUUUCUUCCCAGAUAGUGGGGAAAAAAUCACAUAAAAGCAUUGGAAGAAACAGUAUGACAACCUUCCCGUUAUUUCAUUCACUUAAACAAUAUGUUGCAUUUACACGGCUGUUUCUUUCCAUCUUUAGAGUUCCCACUCUAGGAUUUAAGUCCCAUGUGCCUGAAAUAGUGAGUUUUGUCCGUGAUAUUUACCUCUUUUAAGUAUUUGCCAGGCAGUUCUUUCUUAAACUACUGAAAUUGUAACUGUGAAAUAUUUGUGACAAGUGUCACAAUACAUAAAGUGUCAUGUGUGAAAUGUUGGUUUUUGAGAAGGAAAACUGAAAUUUGGAGAAGAAUACUUUGAUAUUGAUUAAACUACAAUGUAUUUCUUGCUGCCUA